CUCGUCAGAGAAAACUUGUUGGGGUGGUGGUCUCUUGGGUCGGCUGCUUCAGGCCGCUUUUGCGCCCCUUCUGCAACCGUAUCCCAAGUGCCAAUGCAUUCCGCGGCGGACCUAACCACCGCCAUUGUCACCACCACCACCACAAACAGCAACUCCGAUGUGUUGCUAGGUAAGUAUCGCUUAGGCUGCCUACUUCGCAGCUUUGCAAAAGUCUAUCAUGCUCGUUCUUUUGUCGAUGGUUCUGAUUUAGUCGUUAAGGUAAUGGACAAAACCAAAAUCCUCAACACCUCCAUGGAACCUCGCGUGAUUAGUGAAAUCUCUGUAAUGCGUAGACUUUGACACCCGAACAUAAUCAGAAUCCAUGAAGUCAUGGCUACGAAAUCCAAACCUACUUAGCCAUGGAAUACGCCAAAGGCAGCGAAUUGCUCUCCAAGAUUUCCCGGCGGAAAUGCUUCACUGAACCUGUUGCCUGUUUCUACUUUCAACAGUUAGUCUCAGACCUUCACUUCUGUCACAGAAAUGGGGUCGCCCACAGAGACCUAAAGCCGCAAAACCUGCUCCUCGACGAACAGGGCAACCUCAAGAUCUCCGAUUUCGGCCUUUCUUCUCUACCGGAGCAAUUAAAAGAUGGGCUUCUCUACACGGCCUGCGGAACGCCGGCUACAACCCCUGAGGUCUCCUGUCAGAAAGGCUAUAACGGUACCAAAGCCGACGCUUGGUCAUGUGGCGUCAUCGUCUUCGCCUGCCUUGCCGGAUUGCUCCCUUUCGACGAUUCCAAUAUUGCUGUUAUGUACCGGAAGAUUCACCGCCGGGAGUUUCAGUUCCCGGCGUGGUUCUCGAAGCCCACGAAAUGGAUAAUCUCUCGGCUAUUGGACCCUAAUCCAGAAACCCAUCGGCCAUGAUUGUUCACCUCUCCGUCGACUUAUUAGGGUUUCUCGCAUUUAAAAACCCUGAUAACACAUCACAUCCUCACACACACAUAUCACUACUGGUAGAGGGCAAUUUGUAGAUUAGGGCUUGGAGAGCUUAAAAACGAUGAGAUGGGAAGAGGAUUUUCCUCUUUUCUUAAUUAUAAGUGAAGGGUAUUUCAGUCCCUUCAUCUCGUUCUGGGGGUAUUUUUGGUAUAAAAAAAUGUGACAUCACCACAUAAUAGAUUCAAACUCACGGUCACUAACGGAUUGGACUCAAA